CUUCUUCUUUGUCUGGAUAAAGGUCAAUGCUUUUGCAUCAUAACAAUAUUUAUUAUGGCAAACAAGAGUCAAAUAAACCACUGGUAUCUCAUGCAUGCAUUUGCUUAAGAAAAAUAGUUGGCGCAAGAUGUUUUGCUGCUUUGGCACAGUGAUGGGACAACAUCUUUCAUUGCACUUGGGGCAAAAAUAAGCCCAGAACAGGUUGGAUGGCAUACGUAGUUCUGUCAUCCACAAGAGAGACAUGAAUAGUUGCUGAGGGGUAAGAUGAAAAAGAAAUUCCUUUAGUUUAGUCUGCCUGUGAAUAUCCAUUUUGCAUUUCUUGAGAGAGGAUGGUGUUUAUUCCUUCUUACUUUUUUUUUACUUUAGUUGAAUUUCUUUUAUGGUAUGCUACCCUGAAAUCCCAUAAUAUAAGAUGGGGAGAUAAAUAUAGAGAUAUUGAGAUGGCAAUGGAAACAAUAGAAAAAGAGAGUAAGAGAUGGAGAUAGAUAGAGGUUGAGAUGGUAGAGAUAGGAGCAGUAAUAGAAAUACAGAGAUAGCAAUAGAGACAGAAAAAAGAGAGAGAUAAGAAACAUAGAGAUGACAAUAGAGAUAGAGGUGGGACAUUGUUGGAAAUCUAAGACUUGAAAUGUAAUUUGUAGAAAAAAUGUAUACAAAAUCAACAUUUUUUUAAAAGACACAUUUUUUGAAGAAAAGCAGAAACUGGCUUAAACAAUGGUACUACACACACACACACACACACACACACACACACACAAAUGCACCAAUUUCUGAAUGACAACAACAGUUACAGCAGCAAUAGAAAAUCCCUAACUCCGACCAUGAAAAUGGGACAGGCUGAAAAAACAUACGGGAUUACGGGAAAUAUCAAUACAAUUAACCAGAUGUCCCAGCACAGGAGGAAAUAGCAUCACUUCUUCUAUUGUUUUUCAUUUGCGGUUGUUGUAAUUUGCUUAAUAGUCAGUCCAGCCCCCAAAUAAACAAAGCUUAGGAAUGGCCCAAAUAGUCUCACUCCCUUCAGAAUAUGAUGGCAAACAGCAGCAAAUGUAAGUUCCAUAUUGGAGUAAGAGAAAAAGAAAUGCUGAAAGCUAGGGACUGAAAAUGUCUGAAAAUGUCUGCCUUGGGUUGCAGAAGCCAGCUACCCUCAUCUUAUUGUCUGUGGUCAAUAAAAGAGGAGGCUUCCCUUAUACAACUAUCUAAAUUAUAAUUAAAUCAAGCAAAAACCCCAAUUUCCAAGCAUAGUAUCUGUCAAGCAAAGCUUGCAAACAAAGCAAUUUCUAAAAAAGUAUUCUUAUUCCUUCAGUUUGUGUUUACUAUGGUGUUUUGUACAAUUAAAAACAUUCCUGGGCCUGAGGCAAGCCAAACCGGUGAAAGCUCCCAAAUUAAAACAUUAGACCAAUCCUGGCCAACUCCUCAAUUGUAUAUAAGAGUUUGUGUUGAGGUCCUGUGCUAGAGGGCUGCUCUCACUGCUACUUUCUGCUUGCACCUGCUUCCCUGGAAUCAACCCAUCCCAACCCUUCAUGAUGGCUCUACAGAUGUCUACUGCAAGGAACAUCAUGAGGGAAAGGGGAUUCAGCUCUAGGUCUGCAUAUGGACUUGGUGGGCACAGAACCUAUGCUGCCUCCGUUCGCUAUCCAGUCAGAAACGGAUAUGGGGUCCCUGGCUUCACUAGCCAAAGUCUUGCUAACAUGGGUGUAAGCAGAAGAAUUUCCUGCGGUGGAUACGGAGGAUACGGUGCUGGAUGCUAUGGUGCCUACAACUUUGGUCAUGGGGGUUAUGGUAGCCUGGGCUUUUGUGGCAUGGCUCACUUCAGCCCUAGAACAUAUGAAGCCGUGGGAAGUUAUGGACCAUUUGGGGGAUAUUCGAACUCCAAGGGUGAUAACCUCCAUGAAGUCAAAGUCAACGAGAAGCUCCUUCAGCCAUUACAUGUGGGAGCAGAUCCCCAGGAACAUGAUGCACGAAAUCAGGAGAGGGAAGAGAUGAAGAACCUCAACAACCAGUUUGCUUGCUUCAUUGAAAAGGUUCGCAUCUUGGAACAGGAGAACAAGGCCCUUGAAACAAAAUGGAACCUCUUGCAACAAUAUGCCAUGGUGCCAAGGAGAAAUCUUGAACCAUACUAUGAGAAUUUCAUCUCAAAUAUGAAGUAUCAGAUAGACUGUUUAUUGCAUACUAGAGAACACCUGGCAAAUGAUAAAAAUGCAAUUCAGGAACUGGUGGAGGACUUCAAGAGCAAGUAUGAAGAGGAAUUCAAAAGGAGGACAACAGCUGAAAAUGAAUUUGUGCUGCUCAAGAAGGAUGUCGACUCAAUUUCUCUCAGCAAAACAGAACUUGAGGGGAAAAUGAAUUUGUUGAGAUGGGAAUUGGAAUUUCGCAAAAGUGUCUAUAUGGAGGAACUAAUGCAGCUAAGUGGCCAAAUCAGUGAUAUGAACAUCCUUGUGCAAAUGGAUAACAACAGAGACUUGGACAUGGACUCAAUCAUCAAAAACGUUGAAGCUUGGUAUCAGAGCAUUGCUCACAGGAGCAAAGAGGAAGUAAAUGCUUUGUACGCAGACCGGUUCCAAGAGCUUCAGGAGCAAAGAGGGAAAUACCUGAAUGACCUGAAGAUCAACCAGUAUGAGAUUGAAGAGCUGACGCGGGCAGUUCAUACAUUGCAGUCUGAUCAUAGCAACGUUAAAAAACAGGUUGAUGCUCUGCAAGCAUCUAUUUGUGAUGUUGACCAGCGUGGCGAUCAAGCUCUUAAAGAUGCUCAGGAAAAGCACAGUGACCUACUGUCUGCUCUGCAAAAGGCUAAGGAUGACCUAGCUGGCAUGCUGAAAGAUUACCAUGACCUUUUAAAUGUCAAGUUGGCCCUUGACAUUGAGAUUGCUACCUACAGGACCCUACUCGAGGGCGAGGAGACCAGGUUACACACAGGAUUUCCAUUCAGCAUAGAUGUGGUCAGACCCCAAUACAUGGCAAAUUCAGCUGGAUUUGCAGUUCCAUAUGGAUAUGGUUCUAUGGGUGGAGGAUACAAUUCAGCAUAUGGUGGAGGAUACCCAAUUGGAAGUCACAGAUGUUAUAACAGGAACAGCAGCUCCAGAAGUGUUGGGGAGUGCUCAAAGCCUACAAACAACAGCAGUGCAGCUACAAAACCAUCUGGUUCUGCAGAUACAGAAUUUUCCCCAGGAACAGCAAACAGCUCCAGGGGUGCAUCCUAUUCAGGCGGUAGCCCAACCUCCCCUGGAGACAUAGACAGCUCUUCUACAGAAAAAGCAUUUGAGACAGGAGUAAGUGGCUCAGGCGCAGGAUUCAGUUUGGGAAGUGAGCAGGAACCAACCAGAUAUGUAGGGCAAGGACGUAGAACAGCAAGCGGCCCCAACAGAGGCUACUUCCCUGGGGGUUAUGGUCAACAUGGUGCUAUUCCAUUUAGGGCUGAGGGAUUGGGCCCUAGAGUUAGAGCUGCCUCCAUAAUCCUGGGCUACAAUCCUGGAAUUGACAUGGGCAAUACGGGAGUUUCAGGUAUCAGCAUACCUGCGGUAAGGGGUUUAAGCUUGGGAGGGGGGCCCUGUGUAGGGUUUGGUGCUCCUAUUGCAGUAUGUCAUGCUGGAACCGUAGGAGGCCUUGGGGGCAUUUGCUACCCUGGACCAUUGGGGGCUCCAGGUGGCAUGUGUUAUCCUGGACCAGUAGGGAUCCUGUAGGUAUCUGUCUGCUGGUCUGGGCCAUUUGGACCAUCAGCAGUUCUCCAAUUUAAAAAAUCUUGCCUACAAAAUAGCUUUUUAAAAACUCAGUUCUUGGUUUUCUAAUAGCAUAAGAAUGAGAAAAUGGGUCAUUAAAUAGUUUAAAUAACCUUUGUGCUUUUCUUGGGUUAUUUUUCCCUCUUUGAAUUUUUGGCACUGAUUAAUCUAUUCCAUAUAUAUACUUUUAUUCAUAAAUAUCUUUUAUAUGGAAAGCCAAAGAAUGUGGUGUUGCUAUUUUUGGAGAAUGGGCCAUAUUAAACACAUUUUUCAUUACUUUCUGUCAUGCUCAAAUAAUGAUAUUUAUAAUUGACAUGCCUUCCUUAUUAUGGCUGUCAAUUUUACUUUUUUAUCCACUCAUUUUAAUUUUUUAAUCCAUUCUGCAGAAAUGUGCACAUUUUGUUAAGUUUUGAUCAGAAAACAAAGUAAUCAAAAUCAUCACAUUCUUCACUGGACCAGUUUUACAUUCAUGCUGCUCCUAACAUGGAAUGGAGAAAGUCAUGUUAUAUACAUGUGCAACAGGACUGUAUAUAUAUAUAUAUAUAUAUACCCUAAUUUCAUUAACAUAAAUACAACUGAAUAAGGAGAGAUUAAAUGGUAGAUUCAGCAAGCAAUGCCCUUUUCCUGUGAAUUUCAUUUUUUUUACCACAUUUGAAUUUUUUUGAAAAAUUUCAAGAACUCUAAUCUGUAGAGAAAAUUAUGAAUGCUGGAAACUUUUAAAAAACAAAAACAAAUAACAAAAUAUCAAGCUAAAUGGGGCUCUCACCCAGCCCAAAUUGUGACUAGUACACAGAUAUGUUUAUAGUUACCCAAAGGCCUAAAACACCUUGAUAUGUUUUGAUUACAGUGCCUUCCUUUUACAAUGCCAAGUUUAACAGUCAGGUUUAAUUAGACAAACUAGAAGCAGAACACCACUUUAGAAAUUAGGAAGUAUAAAAUCAGCAAAUAUAUGAACAACAUAUCUGAUUAAUCUGCACUUGAUAAUAAAGUAUAGAAUGCUUAUAUAAUAGGGUGGUGAAUAUGGUGAAAAUUGGACAAAGGAAAAUGUGAUCAAUUAUUCUAUUUUGUGGAAAAAAAAAAGGAACGGAUGCCUACGGGUUAAGAAUGUAAUUCUUUGUUAAUUUUGUUUUUAAAGGGAGUAAUGUGUAAUUUUCUUUCUGCUGCAAGAGUGUCUUCAAAAAUAGUUCAUUUUUCACUGAAUUUUCACAUUUUGACUUCUUCUAUGUAAAAUUCACAUGAUAUUUUUGUACAGAACAAAUUUUCCAAUCAGGCAAUAUUUUCUAUGCAAAAACCAUAUGUUCUUAUGAAUAACUUAAGAACUGGAAACAAUCUUUUUCAGGGUGCACCUACACUGUAGAACGAAUGUAGUUUGGGCCCACUUUAAUUCCCAUGGCUCAAUGCUACGGACUCAUGGGAAGCUGCAGUUUGGUGACACAUCAGCACUCUUCUAAAGAGAAGGCUAACUACCAGAUAAAAUUACAGCAGUUAAAGUGACAUCAAACUGCAUUAAUUCUAUAGUGUAGAUGUACUGCAUGAAACAGUUUUUCAUUAUUUGUGAAUAUUUUCAAAGGGGAGAAAAAAGCACAGCCUCCAGGCUGAUAAAGAUCCUAACCUUCUUUCCUGUUUCCCAACUGUAGUGCAUGUUCAGCCUUAGGGGAGACUUUCCUCCCAACAUGAUGAAAGCCAUUGAAAAUUUGAACUGAUCUAUAUUUGGGAUUCUGCCUUAUACCAUUGUAUUCCAUGAUAGCUACACAGAUAUUUAGCUUCUCUAGUUCUAUGCCAACAAUAAUAAUAGACAUUAAUAGCAAUCACUAUGUCUGAUUUCCAUAGAAAGCUACUUUCUGUAAUAAAUAUAUCCCAUAAAUAAGUACUAGAAGCCAUUUUUCUCCACAGAAGUCUGUCUUUUAGCAGACUACACAGACUCUAAACUUUUCACUGAGCCUGGUGUUCCCAAGUCUGAAACUUCAUGUAUUUGGGGUUGGUGUGGUUAUUGUUACUCUUUAUAUGCGAACGUUGUUCCCACACUGGACUUUGCAUCUUGCCUUAAAUCACUUUGUUUUUGCUUUUCUCAACAAUAAAAUGCAUGAACAAUAAAAUGGUUACCAGUAAUAUUUUAGUAAUGAUGACUCACAGAAUAAAAUACUGGAAAGAAACACUUAUGGGUCUAAAUCCUACUGUUAAUCAUUUCAGAAACGGACACACUGAAUUUGUUGGAUUUACCUAUAUGUGUUGACUUACCAUUCAGCAGCUAACUGAGUGGCC